GUUACAACAUAGAGCUCUGGUCGUCCGUUCACGAUCACCAUACAAUCGCAAGUAACUGACUGCGCGCGCCAAUGGCGGGGUACUUUCUAUACAGAUCCCUGACUAUGACCGCGUCGAACAUGACAGACGAUGCCCAACACGACCCCCGAGCGGAACGGUGGCAUAGCAUUGCAUAGACAUAUCACGACUAUGACCCGAGCGGCCUUGUCUCUCUCCGUCCACUCCCAACACCCACCGCACCACCAACACUCCCACAACCCACCAUGUCGUCCUUCACCCUGCCGUCGCCGCUUUCGUCCAAUAAAAUGACCUGGGUAGUCGCCGGUCUCGGCACCCUCAUAGCUGUGUACACGACGUACUGGCAACUCGACAACUUCAAGAAGCGCACCAUCAUCAAGCCUUCGGGCGCGCGAAGCGUGGGCGUCGAGCAGUCCACGGAAGAUGCUAUUCGUCUCUCGACACUUGCGGUCCUCGCCCGCGGCGUUAAUCCUGAGCUUCGCACCGCCGCCCUCAAGAUCCUCUGCGAGCGCGCGCUCAAAGACGAAGCCUUCGCCGUAGUCCUCGAAAAAGUCGAAGCGGACGAUCUCGCGCGCAACUUCGUCGGGCUGCGGGUGCUCGCGCUGCUCGUACAAAACGCGACCCCGCGCCAUCUUGUGCGACCGCGGGUGUUCAAAGCGCUGCUCGACAUCCUGCGACGGGCGUCUCAGCCCUGCGAUCCGCCGCACGCAUACGCGAUGCGGUGCCAGCGGGAAGCGAUCUCGCUUUUGAGCCGGCUCAUCUCGCUCGGCGACAUAGCGCACAAGUUCGCGAUCGAGGCUGGGCUGCUCGACUGGAUCAAGGAGUCGCGCGUCGCGGGCUACGAUACACUGUUUGCCGCGGUGUUCGAUAUGAACAGGAAUGAGCCGAUCGAUCAGAAUUUGUAUGAGCUCCUGAAUGCAUUGCGUGGACGGGGAAAUCUGGGGAGGGAUAGUCUCGUCGAGCUCGGGCUGCUGAGGAAUGGCAGGGGAACUACACCGUCGACGGGCAGGCCGUAUGAGCUUAGCGAUGAGGAUUGGGUCGAGGUUGCGGUGGGCGGCGAGGGUGCGGGGGGCGCGGGGGGCGCGGAGGAGCCAAGGGAGACGCCGGAAGCAGAGAAUCAGGAGGUGCAGUCGCAGGAGGUCGUCGUGGUGGUCCCCGUUCCUGGCCCGACGAUGGAGGAGGAUCCCAUCGAUGUUUUGGUUGUCACCAUGUGGGGUUAAGACAAUGUUGGGAGUCAUAAUGGGAGGGUUGUAGCUGAUUAACGAGCGGUAUACAUGGAUCCUGAGAGAUCUUGCUUUUAUUACAUAUCAAAGGGGGCGGAUGAGAGAGAACAUCACUUUGUUGUCGCAAUAAAGGGGACGGAAACGUUCGUUACAACAGG